AUGGUGGCUCCCAAUGUCCUAAUCACCAUCCUCGCCCUCCUCCCUCAGUCGCAGACCAUCAGCCCUGACGAUGCGCGCGAGACGCCGCCCUGGCCACAGCACAGCCUGCCGGGCCUCACAGAAGACCACCAGCACAACUUUCUCAACGUCAGCGUGACGCCCCUCGAGGCCUCGGUCGUCUGCCACGCCGACUGGGCGCGCACCGUGUUCCGGCCCGCCAUCGACCGUAUCCUCGAAACGCUGCCGUCGCACGUACGCAAGCCCGCCGUCCUGUCGCCCGACACCUAUCUCGUCCUCUCCGUCAUUAGCGGCGGCGGCGGGGGCUCCGACACGGACAUCGUCGCCCGCAUCCUCGAUCUCACGGCGCCCCUCGCCCUCGCCGGCAUCCCCAUCUUCUUCAUCUCCACCUACUACAGCGACUUUAUCCUCGUGCCCGCCAAGGACCGCGCCACCGUCCUCGCCGCCCUGACGGCCCGCGGCUUCCAGUGCCCCGCCGACCACGGCAACCGCUUCGUGGCCUCGCGACCGGGGGGCUCGGGCUCUGGUCUCGCCGCGAGCUCGACGGCGACGCCCGAGUCGCCAGCCUCCGCCGACGCCGCCACGCUCGCGACCCUCUUCGACAGGACGUUCGCCCAGCUCAAGACACGCAACGUCGUGCCCUCGGUCGACCCGACGCUGCGCCUCGUCCAGCUCUCGGCGCGCGAGACGCCGCUGCCGAACCGCGGCUCGCCGACGUCCUUCUCGCGGCCGGGCCUGGGCUCGCGCCGGGACGGUGGCCUCGUCUUCUUCGAGGCGAGGCCGCCGCGUACCCUGACGCUCGCCGUCGACGACCCGCCGAGCCUGCUGCUCGAUCGGGCGCUCGUGCCGCUGUUUGGGGACACGCUCGUGGGCUCGGCCGACGAGGAGCUCGUGGCCCUCUCGCUCGACCUCGCCGGGCUGCCGCUCGAGGCGACGGGCAUCGUGUGCGGCGUGGCGGGCCGCCUCGUGCAGGACCCUGUCAUUGCGGGCCAUGGGCUGUCGUAUCUGUCGACGGCGUUUGCGGGCACGGUUGUGCUGGCGCCUGAGCAGGCGAGGCGGGCGGUGGAGAUUUUGGAGCCACUGCUGCGGUAG